CUGAUGACACACCAGAGAACUCACACAGUAUGAAAUGUAUUACUGUCCAGAUUGAGGCAAAAGUUUCAGUCACAAUUCUGAUCUAAUGAGAAACAAGAAGACUCAUUCCCAGGACAAACCGUAUGAAUGUCCUGAGUGUAGGAAACGUCUCAGUCGUAAUUCCAGUCUCAUUAUACACCAGAGGAUUCAUACAGGAGAAAAACCAUAUGAGUGUCCAGAUUGUGGGAAAGGUUUCAAUUGGAAUUCUGAGUUGGAAGUACACCAGAGAAUUCACACAGGAGAAAAACCAUAUGAGUGUCCUGAUUGUGGGAAAGAUUUCUCUCGGAAUUCUGACCUGGUGAAACACCAGAGGACUCACAGCGGAGAAAAGAUAUAUGAAUGUCCAGAAUGUGGGAAAUGUUUCAGUCAUAAUUCCAAUCUUUUGAAACACCAGAGGAUUCACACGGGAGACAAACCGUAUGAGUGUCAAGAUUGUGGGAAAAGUUUUGGUCAGAAUUAUAACCUCCUGAUGCACCAGAGGAUUCACACAGGAGAAAAACCAUAUAUAUGUCCAGAUUGUGGGAAAUGUUUCAGUCGGAAGUCCAACCUUUUGAAACACCAGAGGACUCACACA